AUGGAACGUUGGAGUGGAGUUUUGAGAGUCCCACUUCACCCUAACAGCAGGACAUUCCAUAGGGUUGGUGCAUCUCUCUGCCUUUCCCCGGAAACCAGAACACUGUGUGUACCUAUAGCCAAUGCUAUAUUUUUCUGCGGUGACAGAGUUGAAGGGACUGGUAACCCAGUGAUUGAAAGGCUAUCAAAUUUACAGAAAUUGUCUGAAAUUAUUGUGUCCAAAUUUGGUUCUUCCAUCAAUGCUUGGGUUAUUGAGGCUUCCAUUUUUAAUGGACCUUUUGCUGUUUAUAAGGACUUCGUACUGUCUAUGAAUCAAUAUGGAGAGCCAAGGUCAUACCAUCCAAAUGGUUUCCCUGCAUCUACAUCAACGGUGUUGCUCUUAUCUAGUUGCCUUGAAGAAGCAAAAAAAGUAAUUUUAGGAACGCAAGUAGAUUCAAAGUCUGGCUGUACUCCUUCAUGUUCUCUCUCUCAUCCCAAGACAUUCAUCCUUGGAUUUAGCAAGGGUGGAAUUGUGCUUAACCAGAUAGUUACCGAGCUUGGAUUCUCAGAUAUUGGUUCUAUUGCGAAUUCACCUGAUGUGGGAUCUGAGGAUAUUUAUGUUGUACCUAGAACGAAGGAAGACUUACUGAACAGCAUCAGCGAUAUUCAUUAUGUUGAUGUUGGUCUGAACACUUCUGGGGCAUACUUAACUAACCAUGAUGUGUUUGAGAGAAUCUCCAAAAGGCUCAUGCAAGAAGCUCCUCAACUCCGUUUUAUCCUUCAUGGAACACCAAGACAAUGGAGUGACAAGCAUCGGGACUGGAUACGGAAUGAAAAGGACAAAAUGCUGUAUCUGCUUGAAUCCGAAGUCCCUAAGAGUGCGGGAAAAAUAAAAGUAUUCUCGAGGUAUUAUUUUGCUGAAAUGCCUCCAAGUAUGCAGAUGCACUUUGAAAUAAUAGAAAGUUUAGACGCUGUGGAAGAAGUAGCUUGCAAUCCCUCCACUGUUGGGAGAGGAGGUGGUGGUUGCUCUGUGAAACCAGCCUCACGCUGUGCCCUCAGCCUUAAGGAGACUUAUACCUAA